AUGGCGGCAAACUACUGGCUCUCGACGCAAUGCAACCACUGGCUGCUCGAUCGGACGCAGCUCGACCUGGCGCGCAAGGAGGAUGUCCUGUACGCCAGCCCCGAAGAACUGGCCGCAAUACAGAUAUGGAUCUCGAACCAGGCCAUCUAUCUCUGCAAACGCCUUGCGCUCCGCCAGCGGGUCGUUGCGACCGCCUGCGUCUUCCUCCGCCGCUUCUUUGCCAAGAACUCGUACUGCGCCGUCGACCUCCUCCUCACCAUUGCCGCUUGCGUGUACGUGGCCGCCAAGGUGGAAGAGUCGCCCGUUCACAUCAAGAGCAUCUGCGCCGAGGCCUCGCGGCACUUUGAGCAGCUGGGCUCGCGCAACUUCCACGCCGACAUUUCGAGCGUGGCCGAGAUGGAGUUCCACCUCCUGGAAGAGCUCGAGUUUGAUCUGAUCAUCUAUCACCCUUACCGCUCGCUCGUCGCCAUCUACGAGCAGGUCGGCGCUCCCGCUAUGCAGGCUCGCUCCAAGACACGCUCCGCGGAGACCUCCGCGAUCGGUUCGAGGGCUGGCACCGGUGGUGGCGCCGCGGCCGUUGGGCUCGGGCUGUCGGGUGGUUCCGGCCUGCGCGGCGAUGCCGAAGUCGACGCGGGCCUCUUCCCGCAGGGCCUCGGCGACGACUCGACGGCCGAGCUCGGCAUCGCGGAGCUCGACGAGACCACCGUCCAGCUGGCCUGGUUCAUCAUCAACGACUCCUACUCGACCGACCUGCCCCUGAUGCACCCGCCCCACCUCAUAGCCAUCGCGGCAAUCUGGAUGGCCCUGCUGCUGCACCCGGCCUCGCAGAAGAAGCUCACUUCGAGCGCUGAGGAGAUGGAGCAGCAGAGGGCGAGAUGGAGGAAGGAGGUGCAGGAGACGCUCGAGGGUGUCGGUUCGAGCCACGACGAGGCGAGCGGCCAGACCAACGCCUCGUCCUCGUCUUCGUCCUCGAUCACGACUUCGGCGCAGCAGAGCAAGGCCACACCAGCGACGGCGGCGGCGUCGUCAGGUGCGAAUCAGGGUCGGAGCGCGGCUUCACGGACCGCCACGCCUUCAAGCGCUACCUCGAUAGGGGCGGCGGGGACGGUGCAGGAGCUCAUCUCGACCUCGCUGCCCGAUCCGCCGGCGCCGCCGUCAAACGAGACGCUGACGUGGCUGGCGAGCCUCAAUGUCUCGAUUGCCACCGUGGCGGGCAUCGUGCAGGACCUGGUCAAGGCGUACGAUCGCGAGGCCAAGGUGCGCAAGGCGAGCCAGGACGGGCCAGAGAUGAUCAAGCGGCUCGAGCGGAUGCGGGAUGCGCGGCGCAAAAGGCUGAUCCGAGAGCUGGCCCAUGCAAUAUGA